AUCACUCGAAGAAACUCGUUGAGUCGUCUGAAUGUCACUUUCGGUAUCUUUUCUGCCCUAGUGUCUGAAAUGCAGGCAUCUCAUCAGGUGUAUGAUUUCGUGUGUUGCUUCGGCCUCCGGAAUGGCGAGAAUGAGCUCAGUCCUCCACGAAUACAUUUCCAUUGGCUAGGCCCUGCCUCAAGCAGCAUCAAGCCAUCCUUUGAAUGCAUCUACAUCUUGAAAUUUGUGGAACUUAACCAUCGACACGAAAGUAAUCUAUGGUCGAUCCGACAAGCACAGCUCUACUAUCAGCAUCGAGAAGAUCCCCAGCGGUCAGUGUGGCUUCUUAUCUCAGCCUCGCCAUCCAUACGCGGCCAGAUAGGACACUUCUUGGCGGCGGAUUGUAUCAACAAGACCCAAGAUCCUUUUGCAAUCCAUCUCCUGGUCUUGAACGUUGUGGUAGGGACCUAGACAAGAUAUCUCAUCUACGUCGCCGAAGAAGUGCGCCAACAGGGUGAUCGUGCAAUUGCGGCCGAUUUCGAAGGCGACGGCGCCCAACUUGCCCGGCUGCAAGAAGGACAAUAUCUCAAGCAGCUCGAAGAUAUGAUCACUGACCUUUUGAGUGCGCUGAACUCAACCCUGGAAACAUGCAACACCCUCAUUAGGCACCAUGUCAGCCCAAGAAGCAACCUCCCAAAAACUAAGCGUUCAAACGACAGUGUCAGCGGCAGAUAUCUUGAAGUUAUCACGGAAGGUCUGAGGGAAAAGGCGAACGAUCUAAAGCAUCACCGUCUUCAGGCUGACUCACUGAGAACCAAAAUUCGAAGUGCCUCCGCUUUGGUUGCCAAUAUCCUUGAUCUGGACAAUGGAAAUGUCUUGAAGGUGCUGGCUAUCGAAUCACGGGCAGAGAAUGCUACAAUGCACGCCCUUACAGAAAAGGCAGCUCGUGACGCAGCCGCGGUCAAAGUGUUAACCAUAGUGACACUGGUAUACUUGCCAACAACUGCUGUGCUUAAUUUCUGCUCAACAUCGUUCGUCAAUUUUACGUCCCGCGCCAACGGUAGCUCGGAAAUAGCACUUACAAAGGACUGGUGGAUUAGCAUUGUUAUUGCUCUUCCACUAACUGGCGUGACUUUGUACGUCUGGUGGUUCUAUGUCCAAAAACAAGUCGAUGGGCAGUAUCCUAGGUGGUGGAUGAAGCUGAGUGAAUGCGCCGGGAGGCUCCGUGGGCGUCCUCGUACAGGUUUGCAGCAUGAU